UCUUCGAUUUUCCCGCUAUCACGAAGAUUCUGGGCCCUAAUUUCUGAAUCUUAUUUGUUGAAAAACAAAUGCUGAAACCCUAGACUACCAUAGAAACCCAUCCGGUGCGGGAACGACCUCUCGAGAAAAUGGUCGAUUCAUCUAGAAACAUCGACGUAGAGCAGCUGAUCUCCUACAGCGACGACCUCGUGCGCGUCUUGAAGGACAAGAGAGACCUCAGCAACAUCUCUCAGUGUCUGGAACACUCCAAGGCCCUCCGCUCUUCCUGCGACGCCGAUUUCCUCGAGGCCCAAUCCUUACUUCAAGAUUAUCAGAAAAAGAUAGAUGUAUGCAAGAAGAGAACAGAGGAGGCUAAAACUGAGGUUGCUGCAGAUUCUGAAAUCGACCUUCUUCAGAAAGAAUUGCACGAUGAAAUUGAGAAAGAACAUUUUCUUAUGGAUGAACUUAGAAUUAUCACAAACGAGAUUAAUGAUUUGGAACUCCAACGGGUUUCUGUUCAAGAACGAAGGCAAAUUUUGAAGAAACUUGAGCAGGAUGAGCUGAGGGCACAGAGGAUGCUCUCAUUGUAUGCUUCUGUCACAAAUAUCAUACCAAACCUGGAUGACGAGUCCAGAUUCUCAGGACAUAUUGUGGAUAGGGAUAAAAAGGUGGUCGAGAGGUUUGAAUUUGACCUAACGAAGAUAGAUUGCCUUGAUGCAUGUAAUGGCAUUUGGAAAAUGAUAGGUUCAUCGUAGAUAAUAACAUUUAUCCAUUCAGAUGGCAUGUGUAAUAUAGUGUGCUAAUUCUCUUAGUCCUUUUUUUCUUGGCCUGGCGUUUCUAGAAACUUCGCAUUUUUGCAUAUUCCAAGCUGUAAUCUUUAGUUUGUGUUUGCGCUAAGUUAUUGUGUAGCACGAUUUUCUAUAAUUAUUUCUACGAGUUGGGUUGGUGCUUGCAGCCAGCAAGAGGUA